AUGCAUCCUCCAGAAACCACCAGCAAGAUGGCUUCAGUUCGGUUCAUGGUGACACCAACAAAGAUCGAUGACAUUCCAGGUUUGUCAGACACCAGUCCGGACCUCAGCUCUCGAUCCAGUUCCCGAGUAAGAUUUAGCUCCCGGGAAAGUGUGCCCGAAACCAGCCGUAGUGAGCCUAUGAGUGAGAUGUCUGGAGCCACCACUUCCCUGGGAACGGUUGCACUGGAUCCAGCCAGUGACCGGACAUCUAACCCCCAGGAUGUUACUGAGGACCCGAGUCAGAACUCCAUCACAGGGGAACACAGCCAGCUGUUAGAUGAUGGACAUAAGAAAGCGCGAAAUGCUUAUCUUAACAAUUCCAAUUAUGAAGAAGGAGAUGAAUAUUUUGAUAAGAAUUUGGCACUCUUUGAGGAAGAAAUGGACACCAGACCGAAGGUGUCUUCUCUCCUUAGCCGCUUGGCCAAUUACACUAACCUGACACAAGGAGCAAAGGAGCACGAGGAGGCAGAGAACAUCACUGAGGGGAAGAAGAAGCCCACCAAGACUCCCCAAAUGGGUACCUUCAUGGGUGUCUACCUCCCAUGUCUACAAAAUAUUUUUGGAGUGAUCCUGUUUCUACGCCUUACAUGGGUGGUGGGCACAGCUGGAGUUCUGCAGGCCUUUGCGAUUGUCCUUAUCUGCUGCUGCUGUACAAUGUUGACUGCUAUCUCCAUGAGUGCCAUCGCCACUAAUGGAGUGGUGCCAGCUGGAGGCUCGUACUUUAUGAUUUCCCGAGCACUGGGCCCAGAGUUCGGUGGAGCUGUUGGCCUCUGCUUUUAUCUUGGUACCACAUUUGCAGCAGCGAUGUAUAUCCUUGGCGCCAUUGAAAUUUUUCUGGUAUAUAUCGUCCCUCGAGCUGCCAUCUUUCAUAGUGACGAUGCGCUCAAGGAGUCAGCAGCCAUGCUAAAUAACAUGCGUGUCUAUGGGACAGCCUUCUUGGUCCUCAUGGUAUUGGUGGUAUUCAUCGGCGUACGCUAUGUGAACAAGUUUGCCUCACUCUUUCUGGCCUGUGUCAUUGUGUCCAUCUUGGCCAUCUAUGCUGGAGCCAUCAAGUCUUCUUUCGCCCCUCCACACUUCCCGGUCUGCAUGCUGGGCAACCGCACCCUUUCAUCAAGACACAUUGAUGUUUGCGCAAAGACCAAGGAUGCUAACAACAUGACAGUGCCGUCAAAGUUAUGGGGCUUCUUCUGCAACUCAAGUCAGUUUUUCAAUGCCACCUGUGAUGAGUACUUUGUUCACAAUAAUGUCACUUCGAUCCAGGGCAUCCCUGGAUUGGCUAGCGGUGUCAUUACAGAGAAUCUUUGGAGUAAUUAUCUACCAAAGGGAGAGAUCAUUGAAAAGCCUUCAGCCAAAUCUUCCGAUGUCUUAGGCAGCUUAAACCAUGAGUAUGUCCUUGUGGACAUCACCACCUCUUUCACUCUUCUGGUGGGCAUCUUCUUUCCUUCUGUCACAGGCAUCAUGGCAGGAUCGAACAGAUCUGGGGAUCUGAAAGAUGCUCAAAAGUCCAUUCCCAUUGGCACUAUCCUUGCCAUCCUGACCACCUCCUUUGUCUAUUUAAGCAACGUUGUCCUUUUUGGUGCAUGUAUUGAAGGUGUUGUCCUCAGAGACAAGUUUGGAGAUGCUGUGAAAGGCAAUCUGGUGGUAGGAACCUUAUCUUGGCCAUCCCCGUGGGUGAUUGUUAUUGGCUCCUUCUUCUCCACGUGUGGGGCUGGACUUCAGAGUCUCACAGGAGCACCGAGGCUUCUCCAGGCUAUAGCCAAGGAUAACAUCAUACCCUUUCUGAGGGUUUUUGGUCACAGCAAAGCCAAUGGGGAACCUACCUGGGCUUUACUUCUAACGGCUGCCAUUGCAGAACUGGGAAUCCUCAUUGCCUCCCUGGAUCUCGUGGCUCCAAUUCUUUCCAUGUUUUUUCUCAUGUGUUACCUCUUUGUGAAUUUGGCAUGUGCCUUGCAAACGUUGCUUCGAACACCCAACUGGAGACCCCGGUUCCGCUAUUACCACUGGGCACUCUCUUUCAUGGGAAUGAGUAUCUGUCUGGCUCUGAUGUUCAUUUCUUCCUGGUAUUAUGCCAUCGUAGCUAUGGUAAUAGCUGGUAUGAUCUACAAGUACAUUGAGUACCAAGGAGCUGAGAAAGAAUGGGGUGAUGGUAUACGCGGGCUGUCCCUCAGUGCAGCCCGAUUUGCUUUGCUUAGGCUGGAGGAAGGACCGCCACACACUAAAAACUGGAGGCCUCAGUUGCUUGUGCUGCUGAAGCUAGAUGAAGACCUCCACGUCAAGCAUCCUCGCCUCCUCACCUUUGCCUCACAGCUUAAGGCAGGGAAGGGUCUCACAAUUGUGGGCUCUGUCAUCGUCGGGAACUUCCUGGAGAAUUACGGUGAAGCGUUAGCUGCUGAGCAGACCAUAAAGCAUCUAAUGGAGGCAGAGAAGGUGAAAGGAUUCUCCCAGCUGGUGGUGGCCGCCAAACUGAGGGAGGGCAUUUCCCACCUCAUCCAGUCAUGUGGCCUUGGGGGCAUGAAGCACAACACAGUGGUGAUGGGAUGGCCAAAUGGCUGGCGCCAGAGUGAAGAUGCUCGAGCUUGGAAGACUUUUAUUGGCACAGUUCGAGUGACAACUGCUGCCCAUCUGGCCCUGCUGGUGGCCAAAAACAUCUCCUUCUUUCCCAGCAAUGUGGAGCAGUUUUCUGAGGGCAACAUUGAUGUGUGGUGGAUUGUGCAUGAUGGGGGGAUGCUCAUGCUAUUACCAUUCCUACUGAAACAGCAUAAGGUGUGGCGAAAAUGCAGCAUACGGAUCUUCACAGUAGCCCAGCUAGAAGACAAUAGUAUUCAGAUGAAGAAGGACCUGGCCACCUUCUUGUAUCACCUUCGCAUUGAGGCAGAGGUGGAAGUGGUAGAGAUGCACGACAGCGACAUCUCGGCGUACACCUACGAGCGCACGCUGAUGAUGGAGCAGCGGUCCCAGAUGCUGCGGCACAUGCGCCUGUCCAAGACGGAGCGGGACCGCGAGGCACAGCUGGUGAAAGACCGGAACUCAAUGCUACGGCUGACCAGCAUCGGCUCUGACGAGGACGACGAGACGGAGACUUACCAGGAGAAGGUGCACAUGACGUGGACCAAAGACAAGUACAUGGCGUCUCGGGGGCAGAAGGCCAAGUCAAUGGAAGGGUUCCAGGACCUGCUUAACAUGCGCCCGGACCAGUCCAAUGUGAGGCGGAUGCAUACAGCAGUGAAGCUCAACGAGGUUAUAGUUAACAAGUCCCAUGAAGCAAAGCUGGUUUUGUUAAAUAUGCCAGGGCCACCCCGAAACCCUGAGGGUGAUGAAAACUACAUGGAGUUCCUAGAAGUACUCACUGAAGGACUAGAGCGAGUCCUCCUUGUCCGAGGUGGUGGCAGUGAAGUGAUCACCAUUUAUUCAUAA